ACACCGAGGUCUACACAAGCCACACCCAGAAGACAUCACUGAGCCUCUUCUCUCUAACAACACCGAGACAUUUUACUGGUAGCCUGUUGGUUGUAAGUCAUGUUGGCCAAAACGGAGGAAAGGAAGCCACAAACGGGGGGAGGAAAGAAGAGGAGACACCCUGGUGAAGAUGGAGGAGAAGGAGGAGAAGGAGGAGAGAGGAAAAAGAGGGGAGGCGAAAAAGGAGAGGGGGGCCAGGAGGACGGAGGCAGGAAGCGUCUGGACGCCCUGAGUGUCGGAUAUUUCCGCAGAGUUGGAGAAAGACUCGGUGAAGGCUUUGAAGACAAUGAGGAGAGAGGGAUGUUUGUGGAGAACGUCCUCACGGAGGUGAAAGGUAAAGCGUCGGUGGUGGCGAUGGACCGAACAGGAAGCAUCACGCUGCAGCGUCUGCUCCCGCUCUGCAGCCCCGACCAGGUGGCCGAGGUGCUGAGCGAACUGGGCGGAGAAUCGGGGGCGGAGUUUAAGGCGGCGUCCUGUGACCGGUGUGGAGGCCAUGUGGUGGAGAGCGCCGUCAGACAGAUGUCCAGGUGUACGGAGUCGUCACAGACAGCAGAAGAAGAGGAGGAGGAGAGUUGUGGGCUGUUGGAGGCUCAGGUGUUGUCUUUAAGUCAGGUGGUGAGAGAAAACAUCGCAGAGUUCAUCAAACACGUCCACGGCUCACACGUGGUCCGCACACUGUUACACGUGCUGGCAGGCUGUCUGGGUCCUCCUCGCACUGAGACUCGCCCAGGUGCAAAAGAACGCAACGCCGCUCCUCAGCUGACAGACUUUGAGAUCCCCACUUCGUUUUGGUACGAGCUGAAAAGCCUCACAGAGACACUGAUGGACAACGUUAAUCUGAGUGUUGCAGAUUCUGUUGCCAGCACCGUGUUCCAGACCAUGCUGACGGUGAGUCACAGGAAACGGCCCAAACUCUGCAAACAUCUGCUGAAAGGCGUGGUGGAGUACCUGACGAGUCGCAGCGCCGCUCCAGGAGUCAGUCCUCUUCUGGUCUUCCUAAAGGACCAGGCCUCCAGUCACCUGGUUGAGACCAUCAUACAGCUUUCCCACAAGUCCCUCCUCCGGGACCUCUACAGGAACCACCUGAAGGGUCAGCUGGUCCCGUUGGCGCUCCACGCCAUCGCCAACUUCCCCGUCCAGAGGCUGACGGCCGCCGCCGCCAAACACAAACUGUUCCUGAGGCUGUUCGACGAGCUGAUCCAAGGCGUGGAGGCCAUCUUGGCGGCGGGUCACAUGGGUGUGAUCGUCCAGCUGGCGGAGAGCUGUGCAGAGAGCGGAGAGAAGCAGGAGCAGCUGAUGCAGAGCCUGCUCGCUGCGUUCCACUGCGCCGAGCCGGGCUCCAGACACGUCAGCUGCCUGCCGCUCUUCAUGUCCCUGAUCACCUACGAGGUGUACUACCACUCUGACACAGCAGAGGGCAACAUCGACACACAGGUCCCCCUGUCCUCCAUCUGUUACCACGGCUCCCGGCUGGUGCAGGCGCUGGCCAGGUUCAAGGAGCGCUCGCACCUCCUCAGCAGCCUGCGCACGCUGAGCCCGGCCGACCUCCUGACCAUGGCGUCGGACCCCGCCGGCAGCCACGUCCUCCAGGCGCUCAUCACCACGUCCAGCGACAAGGGGAGGGGCAAGAUCCUCAAGAGACUGGAGGGUCAGUACGUCCAGAUGGCGUGCUCCAGGCUGGGCAGUCGGGUGCUGGAAGCCGUGUGGAACAGCGCUUCAGUCAGCCACAGGCAGAGCAUCGCUCAGGAGCUAGUGCUGAGUGAAAACCAGCUGAGGUCCGAUCAGUUCGCUCGCCAUGUGUGGGCCAAGUUCGCCCUCAGCCACUUCAUCCACCGGAGGAACCACUGGCAGGAGAUCCAGACGGGAGAGUCCAAGAAGAGGAAACUCUUCAGUGACAUCCUUGAGUGAAAAAAGAAAUCAUAUUUAUAUCAUCUGUUGAAAAAAAUAAAUGAACAGAUAAAUUCCUUAUUUGUGUUCAAAAGUCCUGGUGAAAGCUUGUCAAUGCAUCAUUUUGUUUAUUUGUUUAUUUAAAAGGAUCCCCAUUAGCUGACGCCAAGACGACGAGUACCAUAGGUCAAGUCAUUAUAAAGAUAUAUAAAAAUGAAAAAAAUAAGAAAAGAAAAAGAAAGCAUUAUACAGUCUUCUAUCACAGCCCAACCACACUCAAAUAAAAUGAUGAUUUGAUUGAUUAAUUUUGGCAACAACUGUUAGUUGAAGUAUGAAAAAUCUGUUAUAGUUCAGUAACAAUAUCAACUCUAUUUAUAGUUCUUCUCCAAAACGAUUAAAAAAGGGCUUUACAAAGACACAAAUACAAGAGAAAUAACCAGAUAAAAGUAGAACUGAUAGAGUAAAAAAAAAGUGAGGCCUCAGGUUUGGGUCAACCCCAAAUGUGCUUUAAAAGUAAUUCACAUUUUAAAAGAAUGAAUAUACUAUCAUCGGUUAGGGUUUUUUUGCAAUGUGAUUGGAUAUGAAAGAAAGGAAAAGAUAUAUCCCUUAUUUGUGUUGAACAAAAGCUUGUCAAUGCAUCAUUCUGUGUUAAUUUCAGAUUUUAUAAGAUUAAAAAUGGCAAUGUACAGCAGUUUUAUCCACGCUGGUGUUAUUGGGUGUAACGAGCAGUUUGGCCACUAGGGGGUGCUAGUGUACUGUUUAAUCUCUGAUCUUGACUUCUUUUGCCCAGUAGUUAAAAUCAGUAGAGCAACACUAGUUAUAAAAACGUAGAAGACACUGUCACAAAGACAAAUGCUGCAUAAUAAUGAGAAUAACAAAGCUAAAGCAGUAUGAAGUAGAUCUGAAAAUCUUUAAAACAAUAUCUCAUUAUACAGAAAAUGAACCCAAAAUGUGGACAUUGUAUAGUUAAAUAAAAGCAAUAAAAGCUUGUGUAUAUUUAAAAAAAAAAAAAAGAUCAUUCUCACUGUACUGCACCUUCAAAACAAAAAAAAGUAAUUGUGCACAAAGAUGAGAAAUACCAUUGUCACACAAAAAUAACUCUUAACAGGGAUUUCAGUCUUGUGUAAAGACUUGUUUUUAGGAUUGACAUUGUGAGUUUUUUCAUGCUUUUCAAGCUAUUCAACUGUUGAAUAUGGUGAGUUUUUACCUAAAAUAUAUCCAGUUGAGAGUUUUAGUUGCAUACUAUUAAGACACAAAAAGACCAAAAAAUG